CUGAUAAACUUAUUGCAUAAAAGCCACAGAAAUAAAAUGUUAUCACUUUAAUUUAGUUUUGAUGGUGUAAAUUAUGGGAUGUCUGUAGCGGCGAUGGGAUUUGGCAAAAGUUGGGAAAGACUGCGGCUGCGCGGAGUGACCUCGUGGUUAUGAGGUCAAAUAGUUCCUCUCACUAGUUUGGCGGCGAAAGUAAAAAAAAUCAAUUUGUGAAAGAGAAAAGUGUCAAAUAAAAAAAGGGAAAAAACAACACACACACGCACGUGAGUAAAUGUUGGCGCGCGCGCGCGUGAGAGCAUCUGUGUGUGGCCGGUAAUAAAUGCAGGACCGCCUCACUCUAAUCAAGCUGAUUAAAAAUUCCUGCGCGCACAGCCGGAAAUCGCAGCGUAGACGCACGUGCGCGUUUAUUUACGUGCGUCGUGGACUUUUUCCCGCCCGACAUUGAGUGAAAAUAUCACGUUUCGGUAGAAAAAGCUCCCGUUUUGGCCGUUUUGUUUACCCCCCACCCCCUUGGAUGAAGUGGGAAGGAGAGGGAAGCGCAGGCGGCGGCAGCAGCGCGGAGAGGGGGGAGUGAUGAGUCAAUACAACUAAUAAUUUAAUGGGGACAGAGACGGAGGGGGGAGAGGCAGAAAGAAAGAGGCACUCCGUCCGGACGCCCCGUCAAACAGGACGCCUCCCUCCCACUCACCAGCCACCGUCGCCGGCGGCUCCUCGUCCGCAUCCUCGCUGAGCCGAUUUUUUCCUUCCACACGGGAAAGUAGACCGCACUUCUCUUUCCUCCGUUUUUUGACCCCCGCUUCUCCUCGCGAACCUGUUCGGCUCUUCGCCGCCGCCGCCUGUCAGCGUUCGCUCUCCGGCGAGCGGAGCCGCCGUCCGGCUCACCCCCGCGGUCGGAGCCUUUCCUCGGCUUCCCCCCCUCCGCUGAAUGUGGCGGAGUUAGCUAACGCGGAGAAGAGGACUCCCCCCCGGAGCAUAUUUACCAAUGUUUGCCGGUCGCGGUGCUGCUCGACCCGGGCUGUUGUUGAAUCGCGCCGCCGGCAGCCGGAGCGUCUUUUCUGCGGAGCGUCGGCUGUCAUGAAGACGUAGAGUGACACCGGAGCCGGGACUUUUUUUUUUUUCCUAUCAAAUCUUUUAAAUUGAUUUUUAUUUUUCUACCCUGGCCGAACUUGAAGCAGUCUCCCCGGAGGUGUUCAUGCCCCCCGCCGCUGAAGUGCUGCGUCGCAGGUGAUAGUGAGCAGAGGCGCUGAGAAGGAUGGAGCAUCUCAGCGAGACGUGUUUGGGCAAGGAGAACUCUGAGCUGGUCAACAGCAUGGCGGAGGCCAAGGCCCCGCCGGCCAAGCUGCCCCGGCUGGAGCAGAACGGCAGCCCGCUGGGGCGGGCCCGGCUGGGCAGCAACGGGGCCAAACUGGCGGGGGUCCCGUACAAGCCCAGCGGCCACCUGCUGAAGACCUUCCACAAGAGAGGCAACAUGCUGCCGGUGUUCUGCGUGGUCGAGCACUACGAGAACCCCAUGGACUUCGACAGCAAGGAGGAGCACGCCGAGUUCGUCCUGGUGCGCAAGGACAUGCUGUUCAACCAGCUCAUCGAGAUGGCUCUGCUGUCGCUGGGCUACUCGCACAGCUCCGCCGCCCAGGCCAAAGGUAUGAUUCAGGUGGGGAAGUGGAACCCCGUCCCGCUGUCAUACGUGACGGACGCGCCGGACGCCACCGUGGCCGACAUGCUGCAGGACGUUUACCACGUGGUCACGCUCAAGAUCCAGCUGCACAGUUGUCCUAAGCUGGAGGACCUGCCGCCUGAGCAAUGGAGCCACUCUACAGUAAGAAACGCCCUCAAGGAGUUACUCAAAGACAUGAAUCAGAGCUCUCUGGCUAAAGAAUGUCCUUUAUCACAGAGUAUGAUUUCCUCCAUUGUGAACAGCACUUACUAUGCAAAUGUGUCGGCGGCGAAGUGUCAGGAAUUUGGGCGCUGGUAUAAACAUUUCAAGAAGACAAAAGAUAUGAUGGGCAUGCGCCAACCCUCCCAGCUGGAGGGCUACCUGGGGACGUGUGUUCUCCGUGAGAGCCCGCGUGCCAAUGCACUAGCGGAAAUGGACGGCUUGUCCGACCUCUCCCCUCCCGGCUCCAACCACAACCACCUGGGCUUCUCCCAGCAGCAGCCCAUCCCCGGCAGCACCGCCGAGCAGACCCCGUCCUCGCCGGUUCCUCCCCUGCCUCACGGCCCGCCGCCGCACGCCGGCCAGACGGCGAGCCGGCAGCCCCAGCUCCCCGGCCUGCACCACCCGGGCCUGGUGUCCACGCCCAUCAGCCCCCAGCUGGUCAACCAGCAGCUGGUGAUGGCACAGAUCCUCAACCAGCAGUACGCGGUGAACCGGCUGCUGGCGCAGCAGUCCCUGUCGCAGCAGUAUCUCAACCACCCGCCGGUCAACCGCAGCUCCCACAGCAAGCCUCUGGAGCCGCAGGUGGCGUCCAACACCGAGGUCUCCUCCGAGAUCUACCAGUGGGUCAGGGACGAGCUGAAACGGGCCGGCAUCUCGCAAGCCGUCUUCGCACGGGUGGCUUUCAACAGAACCCAGGGUUUACUGUCGGAGAUCCUCCGUAAGGAGGAAGACCCCAAGACGGCGUCGCAGUCGCUGCUGGUCAACCUGCGGGCCAUGCAGAACUUCCUGCAGCUGCCCGAGGCCGAGCGCGACCGCAUCUACCAGGAGGAGAGGGAGCGCAGCCUCACCGCCGCGUCCGCCAUGGGCUCCGCCCCCCUCAUCAGCACGCCGCCCAGCCGGCCCGUACAGCCCCGCCGCGACGACUGCAACAGCAUCCGGCCCGAGGACUGGAACCCGCGCAUCCCCGUGGGCAUUUCACCUGUGAAACCGUCGCCGCUGCCGAGCGAGUGGAACGGCAAGACGGAGAGCUGCAUCCUCAACAUCAACUCCACCAUUUAUGACGAGAUCCAGCAGGAGAUGAAGAGGGCCAAAGUGUCGCAGGCGCUCUUCGCUAAGGUGGCCGCCUCCAAGAGUCAGGGCUGGCUCUGCGAGCUGCUGCGGUGGAAAGAGGACCCGUCUCCGGAGAACCGGACCCUGUGGGAGAACCUCUCCAUGAUCCGGCGCUUCCUGAGCCUGUCGCAGGGCGAGCGCGACGUCAUCUACGAGCAGGAGAGCAGCGCCGGGCAGCAGCACCACGGCGAGCGGCCCACGCACCUCAUCCACCUGUCUGCCGACCCGCUGCAGACUCCGCCCACUCAGACUCAGCACCAGCCCUCCCUGUCCCUCCACCCGUCCCAGCCUCUGCUGUCCCAGCAGCCCCUGCAGCAGCAGCAGGCCACCCCGGGCCCACGCCUGCCGCCCCGCCAGCCCUCCACGGCCUCCCCCGCCGAGACGGAGGACGAGGGCAGCCGAGGGGGCAGCAUCAAGGCGCGCCCCAGCGGGGGCAAGAUCUCCCUGGAGGCUCUGGGGAUCCUGCAGAGCUUCAUCCAGGACGUGGGGCUGUACCCCGACGAGGAGGCCGUGCACACGCUGUCCGCCCAGCUGGACCUGCCCAAACUCACCAUCAUCAAGUUCUUCCAGAGCCAGCGCUUCUACGUCAACCACCCCGCCAAGCUGCCCAAGGAGACCAGCAACAACAACAACAACAGCAGCACAGUCAACAACAACAACACAAACAGCAGCAGCAGCAGCAGCAGCCCCGCCUUCGACGAGGAGCUGACGGACUUCAGGGAGAGCGGCGAGCUGCUGAAGGAGCUGGACGAGAGCACGCAGACCAACAGCACCAUCUUCUCCAUCAAGCUCGAGGAGCAGCUGAGCCGCGCCGCCGAGGCCGAGGUCAAGGAGUAGGCCCCGCCCCCACGUCCGAGCGAGGCGAGUUCUCACACUGGAAACCGUUUCAGGUUCAAGAACUGCUUUUGGAUUUUGUAAAAGUUGUAUCAUUGACUGUAAAGACUGCCGCCCCGUCUCCGUAACCUGCACAAACCCCGUAUGUUGCCGUGAAUAUUUGCCGACUGCACUCCAUGUUUGUUUUACACUGACGUCUUUUGAGCUACUGACCCGACGGAGAAGUUCUGCCGGACUCUGGAAGAAUCAAACUGAAGGACCGAGGCCUUAACCCUGCGGAAUCAGGUCAGAGUCCGACCAAUCACAGCCCAGAACAGCUCCGCCUCUUAUUUAUUAGGGAAGAAAUAUAAAUAUAUAUAAAUACAUAUAUAGACAUUAUAUUGUAACUGUUACAAAACAUUCUUAAAGAAACUAUGCCAACAAAUGCCUUGUACUAUACGGCACUGCCGACGUUAGAUUAUUUUGCAAAACCUCGGUCACUGUAACUCUGAGACGCCACACAGUCAAAUGUGAUGUUUUUUUGUCUGACAUUAUUUAUUUUGACGUAAGAAAACUUGAGUUAUCGUCACUUUUUCUUUCUUUGUUCGAUUCCGCCAACUUGUUUUCUAUUUAUAAACGGCAAAAGUGUCUUAAACGUUUUCAAAAGAAGAAAUGUGCUUUAAAGAUCGCCUCUAAAGUGCUGUAUGUCGAGCAACUCAUGCUACAAGCUUCACGAUCGAUGUCGUAUGCAACUCUUACUAUCAUGCAAAUAAGCUUCAAGGAUGAACCUGUAGGACACCUUAGAGAGAAACAUAUGCAAUCUGUGUGGAACCAUGUCUGCCAGCGUCUUCCUUUGGUACCGAUCCUGUGUAGAAAGCCUGUACAAAAGUCUCUGUUUUUUUAUCCGUUCUAAAAAGAAUCAAAAGUCACCGUUA